AUGAAAUUAAAAACAGCAAUUGUCUUCUUAGAUUAUUCUUUGAAACCUAGAGUAUUUUAAUUAGAAAGAUAUGCUAUAAAAAAAUUAGAAAAACCAGAUGGCUAUAAAUUAAUAUAUUUUAAAGAAUUCGAAAAAGCACAAUAAUUUGCAAAUUAAGCUUAAUAAUUAUUAGAAUUGAAGCAAGUUGAAUAAUUGUAAUAAAUGAUGAUUUCUGAUAUCAGAUUAAUAAAAGAAAGAAAGUAUUAUAUAUAAAUAAUUGUUUAGUGAAAAAGAUGGAUUAAUUAGAGAAAUUAGUGUUUAAUAAUAAUAAUAAAAUGUUUUCGAAAAGACUAAUAAUGUAGAAAAUACAAAAAUAUAAAAUAGUUAAUUCAACUACAAAUAGGAGAAUAAAGUAAAUAACUAGUUUUAAAUUGAUGAUAUUAACUAAAAAGAUUGUUAUGGCAUUUUGGAUGAGAUUGAAGAUAAAAUGAAGAAGACAUCUAUUAGUAGAUAAAGAUUAUUAAAAUUAGAGUAAUUAGAUUAAUAAUUUGCAAAUCUAUUAUUUUAUUAUCCAAAGACUUUAGAAAUUAUUCCAAUUUAACCUGAAAAACUAUACACAAUUUAUUUUGAUGGUGCAAGUAAAUCUAAUCCUGGUCCUGCAGGUGCUGGAAUAGCAUUAUUUGAUAAAAUGAAAUUAAUUAAAGAAAUUACAUAACCUUUAUCAAAAUAAACAAAUAAUGUAGCUGAAUUUUUGGCAUUGUUUUUUGGAAUAAGAUAUACUUUGAAUUUAGGAAUUAAUUAUUUAGAAUGUUUUGGGGAUAGUAAAGUAUUGAGAUCAUUAAUUAUUAGCUUAUAAUUGAUGGAAUGAAUAAUAAGAUAAAUUUUAAGCAGUAACAUUUAGAAGACAUUAGAGUAGCAAUAUUUGAUUAUGCUUAAUUAUUUAAGAUGGUUAGAUAUACUCAUAUCUCAAGAAAUUAAAAUGAAAUAGCUGAUAAAUUGGCAUCAGCUGCUGCUUAAUUGUCAAAAAAAAAUGAGUUAUGA